GGGGCCGGAGUUUGACGGUUCCCUAGGGGCGGGUGUGUGGCCAUGCCUCCGGGCCCGUCGCCCCGGCCCUGGGCCCUGCCCAGCUUAUUCGCCGCCAUCAACGUGGCACUACUGGUCAGCCUCAGCGGCCUCUUCUUCUCCUUCCCUUGCAGGUGGCUGGUGCAACAGGGCCACUGGGUAUUUCCAGUCCUGACUGGGACCCUAUUUGUCCCCACUCUGGUCAGCCUGGUCCUCCUCAACUUCUCCGACCCUGGAACCCUCCAUCGGGGCACCGAAUGGCAGUGCCCACGGGAAGUGCGGGUGAUGUGGGUGAACAGGACGGCCUUCCGCCUGCAGUGGUGUCCAAAGUGCUGUUACCACCGGCCUCCGCGCACCAUCCACUGCCCUACCUGUAACAUCUGUGUGGAGGACUUCGAUCACCACUGCAAGUGGGUGAACAACUGCGUCGGCCACCGCAACUUCCGCUGCUUCCUGCUGCUGGUGUGGUCGCUCAGCCUGUACACCGGCGCUGUGCUGGCCUCCUGCCUGGCCUUUUUCGUGUACAGCUAUCACCGGCCUUUCUCCGUGGACAAGUUCUGCGCCGUGGUGGUAUCGGUCCCAGCGGCGAUCUUCCUGGUGCCAUUGCUGCUGCUCCUGGGUCUGCAGGCCCUGUCGGUCAGCGCGGCCGAGCGGUCCUUCGAGAGCAAGUGCCAUUACCUGCGGAACUACAACCCCUUCAACCAGGGCUGCCUCCUCAAUUGGUAUUUGGCCCUUUGUGCGCCACUGGGACCCAAGUACAUGGCCGAGGCUGUCCAGCUGCAGAGGGUGUUGGGCCCUGACUGGACUGGGGUGCCUGACCACCCCUGGGCCCGCUGGCAAGCAAACCCCGAUGUCUUCCCGCAGCCUCUGUGGAGGCUGGAGAGGGAGUCUCUGGGCAGAGGGGAGGCAGCCGCUCUUCAGGAGGUGUCCGAUGUCCUGCCCCAGCCGAAGGAGACCCCAAGAUGGGGCCUGUCCCCCAGCCCGAACCCGCAUGCCGGGCCCAGGCAAGGACCCCAGCUGGAUCCCAUCUCCUGCCCAGAACCCCCCAGGCCUCCUGCCCGUGGGAGUGAUGGACUCCCUUAGUCAUCAUUAAAUCACCUUCA